AUGGCAGAGGAGCUGGGGCUAGGCUUCGGGGAAGCAGCCCCAGAAAUGCUGCCGGAAGGCUGCAGGCACAGGCCAGAGGCCAGGGCCGGGCUAGCUGCCAGGAGCAAAGCCUGCUUGGCUCUCACCUGCUGCCUGUUGUCAUUUCCCAUCCUCGCAGGACUUAGCACCCUCUUGAUGUCUGGCCAGCUCCGGGUCCCCGGAAAAGACUGUAUAUUUCCGGUUAUAUCAGAACCAAGAUCUGAACCUUCAAUACAACCAGUUUACACACCUUCCAGAGACAAACCGAGAGCACACCUGACAAUUCGGAAACAAACUCAAGGACAGCAUCUGGAAAAUCAGCUCUCUGUUCUGCACUGGGAGCAUGAAGUAGGGUUGGCCUUCACCAAGAACUGGAUGAACUACACCAGCAAAUUCCUGGUGAUCCCAGAGUCAGGAGCCUAUUUCAUCUACUCCCAGAUCACAUUCCGAGGGACCACAUCUGAGUGUGGUGACAUCAUCCGGGGGAGACGACCAAACAAGCCAGACUCCAUCACUGUGGUUAUCAACAAGGUAGCCGACAGCUAUCCUGAGCCUGCCUACCUCCUCACAGGGACCAAGUCUGUGUGUGAAAUAAGCAGCAAGUGGUUUCAGCCCCUUUACCUUGGAGCCGUGCUCUUCUUGGAAGAAGGAGACAGGCUGAUGGUAAAUGUCAGUGACAUCUCCUUGGUGGAUUACACAAGAGAAGAUAAAACUUUCUUUGGAGCCUACUUGCUAUGAGGAGAAAACAACCCUCAUUCCACAGGGCUCCCCUGCCUCCUACUUCCCAAUUUCCUUUGCUCAUAUGGAACUAUAAACAGGGGCUUUAGAUGGAUCAGGAAUAGGGGACAGUGGUUUAGCUAUAUAAUUCAGGAACCCAAAGUUGAUCCUUAGGUGCCUUAUGGACUAAAAUAGUAAAUGGAAAACUAAGAACAGCUCAUGUUUGAUAGAGACCUGCUAGGUUUUAAAAAUUGAAACGGCACAAUCUA